CCUGAUUGGUCCAUUGCACGAUGAGCUCCGCCUUCUCUCAGUCGCUCUUCGACCGUUUCGCUGGGUCGCCCCCUGCUGGACGGGAGGACCGGAGCAGGACUCAGCACUCAGAGUCUCUGUCCGCCUCCGUCCCCUUCCUGUUCUACCCCCCUGCUGUGGACCCCGCUGCCCUCAGCCUGUACAAGGGGCCCCUGAGGGGCCCCUCCGGCAUCCUGCCCUACCUGUCCCCCUUCCACCACCAUGGGCACUUCAGCGUCUAUGAGUGUCCGUUCGAGCCUGCGUUCAUCCAGAAGCGUAACGAGCGAGAGCGGCAGCGCGUCAAAUGCGUGAAUCAGGGCUACGCCAAGCUGCGGGACCACCUGCCGGGCCACAGCGCCGACAAGAGGCUCAGCAAGGUGGAGACGCUGCGCGCCGCCAUCAGGUACAUCAAGUACCUGCAGAGGCUGGUGGACAUGGAAGAAGACGGGCGUGAAGGGGCGGAGCCAAGCAGUGGGACGCCUUUUGGCCCGGACAAGGGCGGAGAGAUGCAGGCAUGUUGAAUGGCCGGUUCACCUGGACGACCAAUCAGAGCGCAGACCACAGAGGGAGGACGUCAGCGACGCUAGAUUGUAAACCUCCAGAGGACAGAUCCUAAAUGGACAGCGCCACCUGCAGUUUGUUCCUGAAAGUCUGAUGGGGAAUCAGGGAGGGUCAAACCAGCUCUUUACGGACAUUUCCAGCCACCGUAGAGCAGCAGAUACUUCAAUAUUUGCAAAACCUUUUCACGUGUGGAUCCAACAACUUGGCACAGAUGUUGCUAAGGAUCAGCUUUUUGUAAAAAAAAAACAAAACACGGACAAAUUUAAGAUGGCGGACUUUUUUCAAGAUGGUUGCCAUGAAAAAUAACUUUUGUACUGAAAUUGCCAAUUAAAUUAACAUGUUUGGUGUUAGAUCUCAACAUCAUACGUAUUUUCUUGAAUUUAUGUUUGCUUUUUCAAAAUGGCUGCCAUAAUUUUAAUAGAGAAUAUAGGUUUGCACUUAAAUUGGCAAAAAAGUAAUAGCUAGUG